UGAGUAGAAAGCAAUCUACCGCAGUGGUCCAUCUCACCAAAAAAAGGGCGGGGGCUUUAGAAUCGCCCUCCGGUUACCAGACUGUAAUGUUACCUAUCUACAGUAGGUCUGUGUAAAAUCAUGGUUCUGAAAACGCGCAUUAGGACCCAGAGGAAAAUCGGUGUUGCUGUCUGGCUGCUGCACACCACACACACACACACACACACGCUCCACACGCACAUAGUGGCGCCCACUAGCUCGAGGCGUAGGGCGCGCACUUCCCCCGCUGCAGCCAUGCUGUCGGUUUGGUUCAAAUCACAGAGCAGCCUCCGUCAACACAGAUGCCCUGGCUCCUUGUCGCUAGGUGGACGAUAGACUUUGGCAGGAAGGCUGACUCGGCGUCGCUUUUGCGGAGUCCUUUCCCCUAUCUAUCACCAGAGGUUGGCGGCGGCUGCUGGGCUGGGGUCUGCUGCGCAUGCGAGGUUGUUGCCGGGCAGGGGGAGACUGGAGCGCGAGAGGCCACUUCCACCGGGUGACAACGAGAGCUCGUGAGAUGUAUUCGUGUUGCCAAGAGGCUGGGGGUUGAACACGGCUUGUUUUGACUGACGAUGAUGCCUACUGUCAUCAAUCACCCUGGAAGAUAAUCCACUCGGAUUUGCUGUUUUGCGGAGGGCGUGUGUGUGCAGCCAUCGCAGUUCCCUAAUUUCAGGGGUGUGUGUGUUGUUGUGUGUGCUGUCUGUUGUGCGCGAGUCGGCUGUGACGUAUUACUUUGUGGACCAGCCCACUCUAGCGGACGGAACAGGUGGCGCGUGGUUGGCUCUCUUCUAUUGUAUCGGGUUUGGUUUUAGAUCAUGCUCCCGGCUGGCUGGCUAUCGCCAAAACGUCGCUCGAGGAAGGAGAAUAACGGGCGCUAACGUGGCGUGCACAUUCGUGUUCGUGCGGUGAGCUUCUUGAUCACUUCUCUGCCAGACAAGCUCAUGCUCGCAGACCACCACUGACGACCCCCAAAGGAUCCGGGCAAUCCUGACCGGUGUCCUGUGAGCGAGACUAGACUAGACAUGGCGCUGGGCCGAGGAACCAUAGAACUGGAGCACUUCGACGAGCGAGACAAGACGCAUCGCUCCUCUCGCGCGGUCGACAAAGGUUCCGAGUGCGGCUCGCGGGCCAGCAGCGUGGUUCCGAGCCCCGCGCAUAGCGCCAAUUGUAGCUUCUACCGCACGCGCACCCUCCAGACCCUCAGCUCAGAGAAGCGGGCCAAGAAAGUGCGUUUCUACCGGAAUGGAGACCGCUGCUUCAAGGGGCUGGUGUACGCCGUGUCCGGGGACCGGUGCCGGUCCUUCGAUACACUCUUGGCCGAACUGACACGCUCACUGGCGGACAACCUCUAUCUACCGCAGGGGGUCCGCACAAUUUACAGCUUGGACGGAGGCAAGAAAGUGACGAGCUUGGACGACCUCCUGGAAGGCGAGAGCUAUGUGUGCGCCUCCAACCAGCCCUACCGCAAGGUGGAGUACUCCAGCGUCGCCCCUCCCAGCUGGGGCUCCCGCAAGGCAGGCACCAGCACUGGGCCCGGAGCAGGGGGCGGCGGAGGAGGAGGAGGCACCCAGGCCCGGGGAGCAGGCCCUGGUCCAGGGUCAGGCUUGGUCGGGGCCGGGGCUGGGGUUGGAGGGUCCAGGGAGAGCCGGGACUUUGUGCGGCCCAAGUUGGUGACGGUCGUGCGGGGAGGAACCAGGCCGCGCAGGGCGGUGAGGAUUCUGCUGAACCGGAAGACGGCUCACUCCUUCAGUCAAGUGCUGUCGGAUAUCAACAACGCCUUCAAGCUGGAGGCCGGGGCCAUACGCAAGCUGUACACACUGGAUGGCAAGCAGCUAACGUGUCUGCAAGACUUCUUCGGGGAUGACGAUGUGUUUGUGGCCUGUGGCAUGGAGAAGUUCCGGGUGCAGGACGACUUUGUCAUGGGCAGCAAACCCUCACGCAGCUUUGUCAAUGAACUGAAAUCAUCUCGAGCACUGAAGCCCAAGACCUCUGGAUCAUCAUCCAGUGUGAAAGGCAUGGAGACCCCUGGACCACAGGGAUCAUCUGUAAGGUCAAAGACCCCGACCAGCCCUGGGAGUCAACGCAAUGUCAAGCUCUCCACCCGCUCCUCUUCUCGCCAAGACACCAAGGAGGCUGAAGAGGCUGAAGCAGACUCAGAGGUGUCCCCUCUCAUCUCGGAGCGGUAUGAAGUGGGCCGGGUGAUCGGAGAUGGCAACUUUGCUGUGGUCAAGGAGUGCGUGGAGAGGUCUACAGGGCAUGAAUAUGCACUGAAAAUCAUUGACAAGGCCAAGUGCAGUGGCAAGGAGCACUUGAUAGCCAAUGAGGUUGCGAUCCUGCGGCGGGUGCGGCACCCAAGCAUCAUCAUGCUGAUCGAGGAGGUGGACACGGCCAGCCACCUAUACCUGGUCAUGGAGCUCGUUAAGGGUGGGGACUUGUUUGAUGCCAUCACGUCCUCCACUAAGUACAGCGAGUGUGAGGCCAGUGCCAUGCUCUUCAACCUGAGUGCUGCCCUUAAGUACCUGCACCAACUCAGCAUCGUACACCGAGACAUCAAGCCAGAGAACCUUCUGGUGUGUGAGUAUCCGGACGGCACUAAGUCUCUAAAGCUGGGUGACUUUGGCCUGGCCACAGUGGUGGAUAAGCCGCUCUACACCGUCUGCGGAACACCCACCUACGUAGCACCGGAGAUCAUCGCAGAGACCGGGUAUGGUCUGAAAGUGGACAUCUGGGCUGCUGGCGUCAUCACCUAUAUCCUGCUGUGUGGUUUUCCGCCCUUCCGCUCCGAGAGGAACCAGCAGGACGAGCUGUUCCAGAAGAUUCUAGAGGGACGCCUGGAAUUCCCCACACCUUACUGGGAUAAUAUUAGUGGAUCGGCUAAGGAUCUUAUUGGUCGAAUGCUGCAAGUUACCGUUGGCAAUCGUUACAGUGCAGAAGAAGUGCUGUCCCACCCGUGGGUGCUGGAUGAAUCUGAAAAUAAUGUGAAGUCACCUGAUGAGUUGGACAACAACACAGUAGGGGGGACAGAGUCUGACCAUCUGAAUGACAAUGGUAGGUCCUGUCCUGUCCAUGCAUGGCAACCACAAGCAUUCUCUCUCCCCCUUUACCCACGGUCUUCUGUCGAGAUGAGCUGUCGGUUGAGAUGAGCUACUACUAGGCGGUUU